GUGAGUAGUUUGUUGAUGUUCUUCUCGCUAUGGCGUCCAAACGCUCCUUCUCUGAGGACGACUUCACGUGCCCCGUGUGCUGUGAUGUCUUUAAGGAGCCCGUGCUCCUGUCCUGCGGUCACAGCGCGUGCAGCAGCUGCGUCCAUCGGUACUGGGAAACAAAAGGCUGCCAAGAGUGUCCGCUUUGCAGGAAACGAUCGACGGCAAACCCUCCGAUUAACUUGGCUCUGAAAAACCUGUGUCAGGCCUUUAUGAAGGUCCGAGGAGAUCCAGAGACACUCUGCGACAUGCACAGGGAGAAGCUGAAACUCUACUGUGUGAAUGACGGACAUGCCGCGUGCUUGCUCUGUCGAGAUUCCGGCAAACAUAAACAACACUGCUUCAUCCCCGUCGAUGAAGCGGCUUCUGAUCUAAAGGGUAUUCUUAUGAGUUCAGUGAAUACCUUGAAAAUGAAAAUGAAGAGCCUCCAAGAUGCCCAGUUUCACUGUCACCGAAACGUAGCUCACAUAAAGCAACAAGCAGAGUACAUAAGGAAUCAGAUAAAGGAGGAGUUUAAGAAACUUCGUCAGUUUCUGCAAAAGGAGAAUAAAGCCAUGAUGAAUCAGCUGAAGAAGGAGGAGCAGCAGAAGACAAAUAGCCUGGAAAGCAAAAUAGAACAAAUGAAUCAAGAGAUCAUGACGCUCUCAGACACUAUUAAAGACAUAAGUAAUGAACUUGAAUCGGAAGACAUCAAAUUCCUCAAGAACUUUGAUAAGUCUUUGGAAAAAACUGAGUACAAAGAUUUCGAUCCAACUGUGGCCUCUGGUGAAGUUAUUGAUGUUGCAAUGUACGUGGGAAAUCUUCAGUUCAACCUUUGGAACAAAAUGCAGAACAUCAUUAAAUACACUCCUGUUAUUUUGGAUCCAAACACGGCUCACUCGCAACUCAUCCUGUCUCCAGAUCUGACCAGUGUGAGAGACGGUGAUGAUGACUGCGAAGACAAGGCUGACAAACCCAGAGCACCAGUUUUGGACACUCCUGAGAGGUUUAGGAGUUUGUGUGUGCUGGGUUCUGAGGGCUUCUCUUCAGGGCUGCACUGUUGGGAUGUUGAUGUGGGAAACAGCACCUUCUGGAUGCUCGGAGUGACUACUGAGUCUGUGCAGAGAAAAAAACCCAGUGUUUUUCCCAGUGGAGCUUGGGGUAUUGGGUAUGACGGUCAAAAGCUGUCUGCUCGGUCCCCUUGGGGUGUGUAUACUCCUCUCCCUUUGGAUGCCAAACCCCAGAAGAUCAGAAUCCGUCUGGACAUGGAUUUAGAGGAAGUCUGGUUCAUAGAUCCUGGCAGUAAUGCAGUUAUCCACAUGUUCUCGCACCACUUCACUGAGAAGGUCUUUCCAUUCUUCCACAGCAUGUGCAGUCUAUCUCCUCUGAAAAUCCUGCCUCUUCAGCCUUUUGUGGUGCUGGGAGACAUCCCUUAACGCUCUGGUUUCCAAACUGUACUCCAUAUUUAACGUUAUGUAUUUAUUCUGUUGAAGCAAUUUGAAGAACAAGAGAAUUAGUUCAGAGUACAGUCUGAAAACCUGUGUGAUGAUGGGGAAAAAGACGUUGAUAUUGAUGUAGCGAGUAGUAUGGAGCGUCGAUACAGUUUUUCUAGCCCUUUCAAAAUGAUGAAGCUGUUAAACAGGACAUAAUGUGUGAAGUGAUUGCUCAUACUUUACUCAUUACUCAAGUCGUAAUGCUUUUACACUUUAAAACGUUGAUCGUUUACAUCUCGUGUUCUGCUUUGAACAGUUUGUGUUAUUAAUCAGCUAACUCAGGUAACUUUCUCUUUCACUUUUCAUCCUGGUUUUCCCCUAAUUCUUUGUCAUUAUUCUUAGUGAGUAUGUAAAAUACUAAGCCAAUGUUUUUCCAUUCUGAUGCGAUGAUUUGUUCAAAUGUCAGCACUUACUGGCAAAUCACAGUGUGGAAUGACUAUGAUUAUUGUAGAGAUACUUUAUUAUAAUGGCUUAUAAGGCAUGACUGAUUUGUUGUGAUGGCCUUGACUGUGAUCCAAACUUGAGUUUUGACACAAACUGAGAGUUCUUAGAAACACAAGUGAAUACGGUGAAGCUUUAUUGAAACAUGAAUAAGACAAGGGGUAUUACAGUAAUCCACCUCUUAAAUAGACGCCUGGAAAUCGCUAUUGAUAAGGAAAUUAAAAUCCCUUGAAUAUAUAUAUUUAUUUUUGUAACCAUGUUUUAUAAAGCCCUGCUUGAACUGGAUCUGUUUUACCUGGAAUCCAAGUGAUUAUAAAAGAGUCGAGUGUAGAAUGUAGCAUAACCUGUACAUUAUUUUUGGCUCUUAUGUUUACCUCUGGACUGUCAGUUUGAGUACUGUACAUACACACUUAUUCAUUCGAACAUCUAAUUUGUUUUAGAUUUAUGAUUUCAUUAUUUAUUUAAACAUUCUUUAGUUUUAUUAUCUGUAUUUUCCAUAUGAGCCAUAUAGUAUUCAAUUUUAGUUAUGUUUCUCACUCUGUGUAUUUCUUCCUGCACAUCACUGCAAAGUAGGAAGGUGUAUAAUUUAGCUGUAGAAGCCUUGCAUAAGAGAUGCAUAUAAGAUAUGAGUAACAUGAAGGUACACCUUUAGUAGCUCUCUGAAAGUGAAUUUCUUGUGAUUAGCCUACGAACGAAUAUGAAACAUUUUGAGAAGUGCUCCAAAAUCCCGUUGCAAACGUCUCCAACCUUCUUAGUGGACGAAUGCUGAUGGAGAAGUGCUCCUUCAGGGAAAUUUUAAAUGGAGGGUGCCAAUAAUUAUGAAACAAGUGCUUUUAAACAAACAAAAAAAUGCAUUGCUUCAGAAAUAUAUUGUCUUAGAACUAGGUGACAUUUCCAUAGGCUGAAAGAAUUACUAAUUGCAAGUGUAACUGAUAAUUUAGAUAUUUUUAUAUAGAUAUUUUAUAUAUAUUGUUCAUUUUUAUGAAGGGUGUCAGUCAUCACUGUACAUCUGAUCUAUGGGUUGAAAGUAAGC